UCCUGUCUCCAUGGCCUGUGAAUCAGACUCCAAAAUCGGCGCCGUAAUCUAUAAUCCCUGCAUUAACGACAGCCUGGGAGAUGACGAGCUUCGUGCCGUGCUGGCAAGACUGGGGAGCGAUAAGGACAAGGAAAACUUCGGGUUGGUCUGCAAGCGGUGGCUCCGCCUCCAGAGCACUGAGAGGAAGAAGCUCUGCGCCAGGGCUGGCCCCUUCAUGCUCUGCCGACUCGCCGCACGCUUCACCCGCCUUCGCGAGCUGGAUCUCUCCCAGUCUGUCUCGAGGUCCUUCUUCCCUGGCGUCACUGACGACGAUCUCUCCGUCAUCGCCACUGCUUUCUCUUGCUUGCAAAUUCUCAAUCUUCAAAACUGCAAAGGCAUAACAGAUGUUGGAAUGAGAGCCAUUGGUUCUGGUCUCAGCUCUCUACAGUCCUUAGAUGUAUCUUACUGCAGAAAACUAACAGAUAAGGGGCUAUCAGCUGUUGCUGGAGGUUGUCAUGACCUGAGGGCCUUGCAUCUUGCUGGCUGUAGAUUUGUGUCAGACGCAUUAUUGAAAGCUCUCUCGGAGAAGUGUCAUAAUCUAGAAGAAUUGGGUUUACAAGGAUGCACCAACAUUACUGAUUCUGGUAUCACUGUUCUUGUUGAAGGUUGUCAUAGAAUGAAACACUUAGAUAUCAACAAAUGCAGCAAUAUUGGAAAUACUGGUAUUUUUGAUGUAUCCAGAGUAUGUUCAGCAACAUUGGAAACAUUGAAGAUGUUAGACUGUUAUAGAGUUGGUGACGAGUCAAUCUCCAACGUGGCCAAAUACUGUAAAAAUUUGGAGACGCUUAUAAUUGGUGGCUGCCGGGACAUAUCUGAUGAGUCUAUGAUAUUACUGGCUGAUGCUUGUAACAAUAGUUUGAGGAGACUACGAAUGGAUUGGUGUUUAAAUAUUUCAGACGCUUCACUGGACAGCAUUCUAAUGCGGUGCAGAAAGCUUGAGGUUCUUGACAUUGGUUGCUGCGAAGAGGUAACAGAUGCUGCAUUUCGGCAAUUAGGAAAUGAAGGGUGCAAGUUGGCUUUGAAGAUUUUGAAAGUAAGUAAUUGUUCAAAAAUCACUGUUGCAGGAAUAGACAAGCUUUUGAAGUCGUGUAAUUCUCUUGAAUAUCUAGAUGUCCGGUCCUGCCCACAUAUCACUAAAGCUGAGUGUGAGGAGGCAGGGUUGCAGUUUCCUGAAUGUUGUAGCGUAAUUUUUAAUGGGAACUUGGGAGAACAAGAUGUUUUAAUUUGAUAUAUAAUAUUUGAGAUUGAAAAGCUGAGGAUUCUGUGAGUUGCUUCUGAUGCAAAGGUAAGCCAGCAAGCUAUCUUUGAAGAUCAAUGGGGGGAUAUUUCCCUUAUAAACAAGGAGCUAUCUCUGAAGAUCAAUGGGGGAUAUUUCCCUUAUAAU